AGAUGGAUGGAGGCGGGGGCACGUGUUUGCGCACAUGCGUGUACUCACGGAGAAGCUGGCGACAGAAAGUGUUUGCAUGUGUUUGUGUGGGCACAGAUUUCAGUCGUAAUUACAGCGCGCGCGCGUGUGUGUGUGAUUUGUCACGCUUUUCGUGCAGCUUGCAUGUAGAAACGACAACAGAGACCGGACUCACCUAAUUUUAUGUUGAUAUUGCGGUUCACUCCCCGGAUGUAACGACUUUACAGACCAAAGAUGAUAAGUGGGUUACUAAACAGACAUGGAGCCCAUUUAGGUUCACAUGCACAUAGACACGGCUGACUGCAUUGACGACCAAUCAGAUUCUACUAUUCCGCGAGUGGGCGGAGCAGGUGACUCAUGAAUAUCCAAUGAGCGCGCUCGAUGGGCACGGAGGACAAGGGACUUGUGUAGUGUUGCUUUUCCAUCUCAAACUGUUGACAAUCGGGCUUGAAAGCAGCAACUGCGGCGGCGAAACAAGCGAAGGCCGUGACUCAUUUGUGUCCCGGAGGAGGAGGCAGCUCUCGGUGCCGUCAGGAACAUCGCCCCGGUGGUCUCGGAGCUUGGCACGAAACAAUGCCCGGAAAAGCCGCGGUGGCAGUGGCGAUUCAACCCAGUAAUAACGUUACAGCGGCUCGACAGAAGCCCUUCCCUCUUGUUAUAAAGAAGAUUAUGGAGAUCCCCCGUCCUAACAUCCCGGAGGAAGGCGACGACGAAAUUGGGAAAGAGAAGCUAUGCUCAUCUGAGGACGUGGAGGGAGGUGGGGCUGGGGCAGCCAGUGGUGGUGGCGGUGUAUCAGCAUCCUUGACCCCAGCCAUUUGGGAGAAGACCAUUCCCUAUGAUGGGGAGACCUUCCACUUGGAGUACAUGGACCUGGAUGAGUUCCUCCUGGAGAACGGGAUCCCUGUCAGCCUGGAGGAGGAGGAGCUGCAGAAGACUCUGACCUCCGUGGAAGGAAAAGGCAAAUCCAUCCCCAAGGUUACAGCUGCUGCUACUACUACUACUACUAUUACUACUGCUACUCCUGCUGCUGCAUCUGUCUCUACUUUAGCAUCUUCCCCCUCUGCCUCCACCGCCAUCUCAGAUCCAGAGGAAACAGUGACGGUCACCACCUUACACCCAGCUAAACUAGAGGAGGAAGAGGAGGAAGAGGAGGGAGAGGAAGAACACGAAGAGCAGUCUUUGUCCGAGGAGACGACAGUGGAAGUGAAAGAGAAAAAAACAGAUCGUAGUGCCGCAGAACGUAGCACGCCUUCCCCUAUCGACCCAGAAGCCAUCGAGGUGGACAUCAAUUUCCAGCCAGAUCCCACAGACCUGGUCCUGUCCAGUGUGCCGGGGGGAGAGCUGUUCAACCCGCGCAAACAUAAAUUCUCUGAAGAGGAUCUGAAACCACAGCCAAUGAUCAAGAAGGCCAAGAAGGUGUUUGUUCCUGAUGAACAGAAGGAUGAGAAGUACUGGUCCAGGAGAAAGAAGAACAAUUUGGCAGCAAAGCGCUCUCGUGAUGCGCGGCGGCUGAAAGAGAACCAGAUCACGGUGCGCGCCUCAUUCCUGGAGCGGGAAAAUGCUGCGCUGAGGCAGCAGGUGGCUGAGCUACGGAAGGACUGCGGCCGCUGUAAGAACAUCCUGGCCCGAUAUGAGGCCAAGUACGGCCCACUGUAAAGAACUCCAAAUCACACCUGUGAAGUAUCAAUGAGACAAAAGCAGAACUCCCUUCCCCACAGAAUUCAACACAAACACCAAGGCAACUUAAAUUUGCACCGUUGUCUUUGCUGACCUCCAGUCACUGUGUCUGGCUCCGGUCUCCAAGACGAUGCUGGAGUUCUGGAUGCACACUGGCAGGCAGUGAGGCAUGAUGGGAGCGGUGGUCACAGGAAGACCUGUGGAGAGCGCCUGGCUCCUACACUCGGUGGAAGUGGACGAUUGUGGAAACUCCCAUGGUGAAACGCACAUGGAAAAAUCUGGUCUUGCUCAAACUAGUCGAGAAAUAAGAAAAGAGCAGGCUGGUGGAAAAGAAUCACAGGCUUUUAAAUUUUACACAAACCAGUUGUUAUCACGGCACAGAACUUCUCUUAGUGGACCAAAGCAUGAGUAACAUCACUUAGAAGGCGUGUAUUUAGAGCGGCACACACUUGCCAUCCCUGACUUCUCCUUAGUUUUUGUCUGCACUUCCUUUACGGUACUCCAGGACUGUUGAUUAGCUCACAGCAGAGCAGGAGAGGGACAGAUUCACUUCAGCCUGUAGAGAGGAACCCAGAGCUCAGGGCAGAGAGGAGAACAGGAGAGUCCGUCAGUCGUGUGAUUCAGUCGCAGUUCUUCCUUCUUGUAGCCCACGUGCACACAUCUGUACAAACAAAACACUAUUUUAAAACCUGUUUGUAUAUACAGUCAUCUCCCUGCACCACACAGACAUCUGUGUUUCGGUGUGUCGUCAGUUUUUGGACUUUUUCCUCAAAAGACUUUCGUUACACGUGUAAAGGUUCUAGCGGUGCCAGGUCUACCUGACUUGCACCGGUACAGUGGGGGAGACAGCUGGGUUGGGAAAAAGAAAAUGCAUGACCCAAAGUUUCAAGCUAAUGCAGUUUAAUUUCCUUUCCCACUAACCACCAGACAAGCUUCUAGAGCCUCACACAAGGUUUUAUUAAAGAAGCCAGAGUUUGGGUUCAUUAAAAGAUGCAUUUACAAAAGGAGGAAGAGGUGGAGUUUCUUUCUGAAGGCUUAUGUAGAAGGCAUUUGUUUGACAAUCUCGAGGGUCCUCCCCAUUGGAGGGGUAUGUUUUUUUAUAGGGAAGUUUAUUUUACUGCACACUGCAAGUAGAGGGCGCUAGAGCCACCGCUUGCUUAUUAGUGUAGUGACAAUGGGAUUGAUUUUGUAAAUAAGAGAUUGUCUCAUGGUCUUUAGUUCCUAGGACGGGGAUUCGGACUGCGUCUUUGUUAACCCAACACUAUCAUUGAGUGCUGUAUUUAUUCUGAUGGUAAUGCAUCUGUUGAUUGUGAUGUACAACAAUGUCACAUGAUUCUAUUUCCUCAAAUUAAACCAGUGGUUGAGCAGGGAAAAGGCUGUUUGUUUAAAAAACAGAUUUCUGUAGUUGUACAGGAUAUUUUCUCUGUAUACAUGCACACAGGACGUGUGUGAACACACACACGGCAGGGCACACACUUAUUUACCUCAUCCAACACUUCCUGUUUUAAACGAUGAUGAGUUUAGUGGGGCUACCCAGUGGUGGUGUUUGAAGCAGAGUGCACAUAUAAAGCAGCUUGGUUGCAUUUGGCAAAACCUAGAGUCGGAGUUGUUUGUUCUUUUUGCCAAAGCGGCUGAGUUUGUGUCUACAUAAAUAUGUUACAGACUGUUAAGAGACUUUAUAUCUCAAAUGUUUUUGGCCGAUGCCGAUAUCGUGAGCGGUCAGCUUGUGCUCAUAAUUGCUGUAAUCAUGGAAAGAAAAUAAAUGUGGCAAUAAUAUUCUGCUAUGUAAUGCUUGUUUAAUUUCAGUGAUGUAUGUAAAAUACUUCUGAUGUACUAAAUAGAAAUACCCCAAAGUCAUUUGUGCUUCCGCUUUAGAUCCUCUGUUGUCCAGGAUCUUAAUGCAUGACAUCCAGUAAACCUGUCUGUUUUUAAAAAAACGUUUUUCUUAAAUAUUUUACCCCAAGUGUACUUAUGUUUGCAAAGCAUCACUGGAACUGGAUGUGAUUUUGGACAGGUGGGUGGGUUCGAUGGUCCGGUGUAGCAUUAAAAGCAGAACACCUCUGCUAUGAUGUCCCGGGCUUAUGACUUGCAGAAUAGCGCCACCUGUUGGCUGUGGGGCGAGCGUCAGAAAACGGUAUCUUUUCAUCACUCUGUGGGUUGUUUUCUAUUUUGUCUUCUAAGAUCAGUCUAUAGACACUGGAUCAGUUGGUGGUGUUUUUUUAAACUAGGUUCUGUGUUUGUUUCAGUUUCCUGAUGGUGUUGUAUAGCAGACAUUUCCUUACAUCCUAUUUUAUUCUGCACUGACAUUCAGAUUUGACUGUGACUGCAUUGUGCUGUUUAUACAUCGAUGUAGUUGAUGAAUGCAAACUUUAUUUUUAUAACAAUCUAAAUGUUCUGAGUACGGCCAAGGGAACCUUUUAGAUGAAACUAAGUGCAGCUCGUUCAUGGUACAACAUACAGUAUGUAGCAAUCUCUUUUUGAUGCAAAGCGCCUCAUGAAACUGGCGUCUUGUUGUUGAUCACUGACACUUGCAGGUUUCAGAUUCACUUCUUCAGAAAAUUGGGCAUGAAUGUGUUAACGGACGUGUCCAGAGUCAGUUGUUUGUUGAAGCUCUCGGCAGAGAAACAUUAAAAAUCUGGUGCAGAUUCGCACGUUACAGUAACGGCUGUAAUGCACAACCUGCAGGUGGCACCAAGUGCGAGAGUGCUGUGAAGAAAGCACAGAUUAGCAUGUCUGCUACUUUCACAUUCUGGCCUAAACCUCGUCAGUGGCUUUGGGAGCUUCGCAUCAAUGACACGGCCCUUGUUGAUGAUUCAAAGUAGCUACAAUACUCCUGGGGAAAAAAAAUAAAUGUCUACUGAAAACAA